GGAAGCACUUGAAGUCGUAAAAACUUCAAAAAAACCCAAGUAGAUUUGGUUUCAGUUUUGCAGCCUGAUUUCUAUUAAUUCCCAACAAUGAAUAACCUGAAAUUGUAUUCAGAGGUCACUUCCAAUCUUGUGUUGCAGUCAGAGGAAGAGGUGAUUCUGUUUUCUGCCUAUGAUAUCGAGGGAAGCCGCUUCUUCUUCGCUUCCUCAGCUAAUCUCAUAUACACAACUCAUCUUUCUUCAUUCCAAAAUGGAAAGGUUCAAACAAAGGGUCCGUUACAAGCUGAAGUUGAUCCCAUUGAUUUGGAGGGUGGGGAUUUCAUUACUGCCUUUGAUUAUCUUUUGGAGAAAGAAGCACUGAUAGUGGGAACUGCUAGUGGAAUUUUGUUGCUUCAUUCUGUUGAUGGAAAUGGAACAGAAGAAGUUGGUCGAGUAGAGGGUGGUGUCAAGUGCAUCUCACCAAGUCCAGAUGGAGAUCUGAUUGGCGUGACUACUGGUUUUGGGCAACUACUGGUGAUGACUCAUGAUUGGGAAUUGUUGUAUGAGACUGCUAUGGAGGAUCUUCCUGACGUAAAUGAACGAGAUUUCUCAAGAGAUACGUUUGGAAGUCCCAUUUCUUGGAGGGGCGAUGGGAAGUACUUUUCAACCCUGAAUGAGGUCUUGCAUCCUGCUUCCAUGCAUAAGAGGCUUAAGGUUUGGGAACGGGAUUCGGGGGUAUUGCAUGCUUCCUCGGAAUCAAAGCCAUUCAUGGGAGCAGCGCUGGAAUGGAUGCCCAGUGGAGCAAAAAUUGCAGCUGUUUAUGACAGGAAACUAGAGAAUAAGGGUCCCUCAAUUGUCUUCUUUGAGAGGAAUGGGUUGGAGAGAAGCUUGUUCAACAUCAAUGAACCUGUAGGUGCAACUGUUGAGCUUCUGAAGUGGAAUUGUAGUUCAGAUCUUCUUGCAGCUGUUGUUAGAUCUGAACAAUAUGACUACAUUAAAAUCUGGUAUUUUAGCAACAACCAUUGGUAUCUAAAACAUGAAAUUAGAUACUCAAGAUCUGAUGGUGUGAGGUUCAUGUGGGAUCCAACAAAGUCACAGCAGUUGAUCUGUUGGACCUUAGGUGGACAGAUAACGAUUUACAAAUUCAUCUGGGUGACAGCUGUCACUGAAAGGUCAACAGCUUUAGUUAUUGAUGAUUCCAAGAUACUUGUUACCCCCCUUGCUGUGACACUAAUGCCACCACCUUUGUAUUCAUUCAGCCUUAAUUUUCCAAGUGCUAUCCGGGAUAUGAGUUUGUAUUCCAAGAAUUCCAAAAACCUUUUGGCUGCUUUUUUAUCAGAUGGUUGUUUGAGUGUUGUAGAGCUUCCUGCACAAGAUACAUGGGAAGAACUAGAUGGCAAAGAAUUUAGUGUGGAAGCUUCUGUUUCUGAAACAGAAUUUGGAUCCUUUGUACAUUUCACAUGGUUGGACUCACAUAUACUCCUUGCUGUUUCUCAUUAUGGGUUCAGUCACAGCAAUUGCUCGUCAAAGACUUCAUCAAGCAAGGAUGGGCUUUAUGGGUUGUAUAUGCAGGAGAUUGAGCUUGUUUGUUCUGAGGAUCAUGUGCCAGGUUUAGUGACAUGCUCUGGCUGGCAAGCAAAGGUUCUGAAUCGAAGUUUGUUGGAUGGACUGGUAAUUGGAAUUGCACCCAAUCCUGCUAAAAACUCCUCGGCAUUUAUCCAGCUUGAUGGUGGAAAAGUCUAUGAGUAUGCACCAAAAUUAGGAAUAACCAGAUGCGAUUUGAAAGAUGAUGAUGUACGUUUCUCCUCAUCUUGCCCUUGGAUGAAUGUGGUCCUUGUUGGUAAUCCAUCCAAGCCUUUGCUUUUUGGACUUGAUGAUAUGGGUAGGCUGCAUGUUAGUGGGAGAGUACUUUGCAACAACUGUAGCAGUUUCUCAUUUUACUCAAACUUAGCCAACCAAGUAAUUACACAUUUAAUUCUUGCAACUAGGCAGGACUUACUCUUUGUUGUUGACAUUAGUGACAUAUUGCAUGGAGAAUUAGACUUGACAUAUGAGAACUUCAUCCACACUGGUAAUAAAAGAAAAGAGGAAGAGAAACUGAACUUCAUAAACAUUUGGGAAAGAGGGGCAAAAGUUGUUGGUGUCCUGCAUGGAGAUGAAGAUGGCGUGAUAUUACAAACAACUCGAGGAAAUAUAGAAUGUAUUUACCCAAGAAAAUUGGUUCUAUCUUCCAUUAUUAAUGCUCUGGUCCAGAGGCGCUUCAGGGAUGCAUUUCUUAUGGUGAGAAGACAUAGGAUAGAUUUUAAUGUUAUGGUUGAUUACUGUGGUUUGCAAUCAUUUGUUCAAUCAGCUUCGGAGUUUGUCAGGCAGGUCAACAACUUGAGCUACAUAACUGAGUUUGUCUGUGCCAUAAAAAAUGAAAAUGUUACAGAGACAUUAUACAAAAAGCUCCUCUUGCCUUUCCAUGGGCAGGAUGGAGGUGUGGAAGCCAAGGAUUUUAGUGGUUCGGGUUCUAAUUCUGAUGUUGACAACAAGGUUUGCUCGGUCCUUCUGGCCAUAAAGAGGGCUCUUGAGGAACAAUUACCAGAAAGUCCUGCAAGGGAACUUUGCAUUUUGACUACCCUGGCUCGUAGCAACCCCCCAGCUCUUGAAGAAGCUUUGGAGAGGAUAAAAGUUAUCCGUGAUAUGGAAUUAUUGGGUUCUGAUGAUCCAAGGAAAAUUACUUAUCCUUCUUCUGAGGAAGCAUUAAAACAUCUCUUGUGGUUAUCAGAUUCUGAAGCUGUUUUUGAAUCUGCUUUGGGCCUUUACGAUUUAAACCUUGCAGCUAUUGUGGCAUUGAAUUCUCAACGUGACCCCAAGGAGUUUCUUCCAUUUCUCCAAGACUUAGAACAAAUGCCAGUGAGCUUAAUGUGCUACAAUAUUGACCUUAAGUUGCGCAGAUUUGAGAAAGCUCUCAAACACAUUGUUUCUGCGGGAGAUGCCCAUUUUGUAGAUAGCAUGAACCUCAUGAAGAAAAAUCCUGAACUUUUUCCUUUGGGUCUUCAGUUGAUUACUGAUCCAGCAAAGAGAGGGCAAGUCCUUGAAGCUUGGGGAGAUCAACUUAUAGAUGACAAAUGCUAUGAGGAUGCUGCUGCAACAUACUUGUGUUGUUCUAGUUUGGAAAAGGCUUUGAAGGCAUAUCGUGCAUGUGGUAAUUGGAGGGGGGUGCUGACGGUUGCUGGACUUCUUAAGGUGGAAAAUAAUGAAGUAGUGGAGCUAGCUCAUGAACUUUGUGAAGAGCUCCAGGCCCUUGGUAAACCAGGAGAAGCUGCCAAAAUUGCUUUGGAGUAUUGUAGAGACGUUAAUGCUGGGAUGAGUUUGCUAAUUUGUUCAAGGGACUGGGAUGAGGCUUUGAGGGUUGCAUUUAUGCACAGGAGAGAAGAUUUAAUCUCAGAAGUGAAAAAUGCAUCUUUGGAAUGUGCAAGCAGUCUUGUAGAUGAAUACAAGGAAGGCUUGGAGAAAGUGGGGAAGUAUUUGGCGCGUUACCUAGCUGUUCGACAAAGGAGAUUGCUGCUUGCAGCAAAGCUUCAGUCAGAGGCACAAUCAAUGAAUGACCUUGAUGAUGAUACAGUUUCAGAAGCCAGUAGUACAUUCAGUGGAAUGAGUGCCUACACUACAGGGACAAGGAAGAGCUCAGCUGCUUCUACCAGCUCAACUCUAGCUAGCAAAACUAGACAGAGACAACGCCAGAAAAACAGAGGAAAAAUUCGUCCCGGCAGCCCUGGUGAGGAAAUGGCUCUGGUAGAGCAUUUGAAAGGCAUGUCCCUAACAGCAGGGGCAAAAUGCGAGCUCAAGUCUCUGUUGGUUUCCCUUGUGAUGCUUGGUGAGGACAAAACUGCACGGAAGCUGCACCAUACGGCAGAGAACUUUCAAUUAUCUCAAAUGGCAGCAGUUAAACUAGCUGAAGAUACAAUGUCUACUGAUAGCAUAAACGAGCAUGCUCAUACUCUACAGCGUUACCUAGAGAAAGUAAAAUGUGAAGUUCCAACUUCAGAAGCUUUUUCAUGGCGCCCUAGAGUAUUCAUUUCUCCUUGAAAAGGUACUAACAUCGCCUAGGUAUCCAUGCUCUUAUCGAAGGUGACAUUUUCAUGGAGAGAGAUAGCGGUUCUGCAAGCAUAGAUAGACUUAGAACUCUUAUUGUAAUUUCUUGAAUUGGCACUUGUUGCAUGAUUUUAUAAGAUGGCAACGCUUGGCUUUUUUCUUCUUGUUUCUUUAUCUUAGCGUCUAUGGUGAUCAAAAACCGGAAGUAAAUAUUAAUUUCUGAA